AUGGCAGGGACAACAGCGACCAUCAGCCUCUUUCACUUCUAUCAGGCAAUUGAGGAGCAUUUUCACGUGGCUCCAGCGAGACAAGUGCUGCAACCUGCAGAUGAGUCGACUUAUCCAGUACAGCCCAAGGCAGAGGCCUUGCCUGCCUACAGCUCCUUCGCCUCGGUGGAUGCAUUCCCAAGCCUUGAGAGCUUGGGUUUGAGAAAGGGACAGGAGCUUUUCUUGACUGUUGGAGCAGAGGCUGCUGCCGCUGCUCCUGCUGCAGUGCCCGUUCCUUCAGCUCCGGAUAGUGCCGCAGAGCCUGCAACCACGGGAGGUUACGAUGAGCGAGCUUCAGGUGCAACCGAACCUGAGCCAGCGCCUCCGAGGGUGGAACCCGUGAAGCCGCCGGAAGCAAAGCCUGAGCCACGGCCUGCGGCGCCAGUGCCAGCGCCUGCUGCGCCAGCGCCAGCGGUGCCAAAGCCAGCGCGGCCAGAGCCAGCGCAGCCGGCGCAGCCCCCAUCCGGCGGUGUCAGAUACAGCGACGAGCACCGUUUGAAGUUCCUGUGGCGGAGUAUUGAAGAGAAGAAGCUGGGACUGACUCGAGCUCGAGAGCAGCGAGAAUACACCGAGGUUCAGCGGGUACGAGAGAGUCCUGAAACAGAUCGACUGGCAGCAUUGCUGCUGUGGCAGAAGGAGGAAUUGGAAUUCUACUGCAGGUUGAAGGCUGACUUGGAUCGCGCUGUUGGCCUUGAGCCCGUCAAGGAGUUCAUCGUGCAACGUCUGCGCGAUGCUGCCGGCCGGCAUGUCCUCAAAGAAGGAAAGCAACCACGACGACACGUCCUGAUCAGUGGUGGCUUUGGGGUGGGGAAGCACGUCGCCGCCGAACUGAUUGGCAGACUCUUCGGACUCCUGAACAAUCAACUCACUGCAUCGGUCCGUGUCGGCUCCAGGGUUCGCCUUGCAGCCUGGCAAGACUCGGAAAAUCGAGGAGCUUUGCUUAGCAAGAACGACCUUGGGCUGGUUGUGGAGGAGCUCCCCCCGGGCUCACAUCGGCCUUUGCGAGUGCAAGGGCCCUCUGGCAGGGUAGGCAACUACAAGUAUGACGAGCUCGUCGCAGAGGCAGAUCUCCUCAUCUCCAUUGGCGCCCUCAGCGAUCUGCUGGACCCCAAAACAGGGAAAUUGAAGGUGGCAGAUCGAUCCUGCUUCUACAUGCGCCUCAAUGCCGGUCUGACGGAGUCGGAUGCAUCCAUCCUGGAGCAGGUGCUGGACAUUGGCAGUGUCGCGAUCAUGGCUGGCCCGCCAGAGUCCGUAGAAGCAAACAUGCAGCUGUCUGCUUUCCGCCGUCGGCAGCCAGACCUCCUGGUCUUGCCAACUCUGAGCCCGACAGACGUGGCUAUGCUGAUUGCUGCAGAAGUGGAGAAGCGCGGCUACGAAGGCGUUGGAGAGGGUGAUGUCGGCACGAAGCAGCUUAUCACGGUGCUCGAGCACAUCGUCCGGCAGCGCUUUGACGAGAAACUCAUUCGUGAGAAGAAUGGCCAUUUGGCGCGAGACGUGCUGGACCUGGCGAUCUCAAGGAAGAACGAUCGAACCUGGGCGGACUCCCUGGAUUCAGUGGAGCGAUUCCGCCUGACGCCCAUGGACUUCGGCUUGGAUGUCCUGACUGCGGAGCAGAGAGAGCGCCGGAUGCGGGAAGUCGAGGCGGAGGUCACGCAGCUUGUAGGCUGGGGCUCCGAGGAGGAGGCCGGCACGGCACGAUGCUUCUUUGCCCAGCUCCGCCGGCAGUUGGGGGGAACCGGUCCCCGUGGGAGCGGCGCGGUGGCGGCUGCAGCGGGAGGCUCCGCCGCCCUGGCCGGCGCGUUGCACAUGCCCCGGGCUCUUUGCGUGGCAUCCAACCCAGGCGCUGGACGAGAGACCUUCGUUCGCUUGGCGACGUGUUUCCUGCGAGCGGCUGGUGCGAUUAGCCGAGAAGAAGUGGUCUGGGUUGACUCCCAAGAACUUGCUGACAAAGGUGAUCCUUCAGAGAUCAUUUCCGCACGCCUGGCGGCAGCGGAGCAUGGGUGUUUGGCUAUCAAGGAUGUCGAUGCUCUCGUCGACUCCCGCGAGGUCGUUCGCGCGCUGGCUGCUGCCCUGGGAAACAUCGAUGGUGGGAGCAGCGGCACUACCUUGCUGAUCAUUAUCGGUACCCAGCAAGGUUUAGCAAGGAUCGCUCGGAUGGAGCCCUCUCUAGAAGCCCGGUUCCCCACCAACGUGGCGAUUCCGGACUUCACGGCAGUGGAGCUCGUGCAGUUUAUCGCGAACACGGCCGCGGGACUCCCCUCGGGAGCUUUGGCCUUCGAGGAGAACUUAGACACCAGACUGGCAGAGCACAUCAAUGAGGUUUAUGGCGGAGGUGGUCAGGGAAAGGAGCUCGGCGAGCGCGGGAACUUAGCCUUGGCUAGACGACUGCUGCAGCGAGCAGUGCAAAAUCGCAUCACAAGGCUUUUCAACCGGAUCCAGGAGGGGGAGACCCCAGGAGAGAACCCGGAAAGCGAGUUUCUGACCAAGGAAGAUUUCGAGGUUGGGGCCCCCAUUGGAGAGGGCAAGGAGCAGAAGGAUGCCAUUGAUGAGGAGGUCAGCAACCUCGUGGGCAUGGCCAAAGCCAAAGAGUGGUUUGCAGAAGUUCGACAGAAGGUUGCUUUUGUGGAGCAAACGGGUACCAGGAGCGAUCUUCGAGUAUGCUUGAACAUCAUCAUUACCGGAAACCCUGGGACCGGCAAAACAACCUUUGCACGGCUCCUCGCACGUUUCUUCCACACCUACGGCGUUCUUCCCAAGGACAGCUUCGUGGAGAAGAACGGCCUUGAGUUGAAGGCUGAGUUCAUGGGCGGCACGGCGCCUCGUGUCAAAGCUGCUGUGCAAGAAGCCAUGGGUGGCUGCCUCUUCUUGGACGAAGCCUACGCUUUGAUGGACUCUGCGGCCGGUGUGGGCGGGGCGGGCGAUGCAUUCUCCCAGGAAGCACUCAGGACAUUGCUGACGGAAGUCGAGAAUCACCGAACGAACCUUAUGGUGGUCCUGGCCGGCUACAAGGAGAAGAUGGGAAGACUGAUGCGCGCCGAAGAAGGGUUAGCACGGAGAUUUCCGAAUCGACUGCACCUCGAUGAUUACACUCCGGGCGAGUUGGCCUACAUCUGCGAAACAUGCGCCAGACAUCGUCAUCAGCGCGAGUUCGAGCCGGGUCUGCGGGAAAAGCUGGAGAAGCACAUUGAGAAUUUCUUCUGGCGGGACAUCGCGCAGCAGAAUGCGGGCUUGUCAGUAAACUUGACCGAGAAAGCCCUGGACAGACAGAUUGUUCGAAUCGUGUCGAAGUAUCCGGAGGCCUUUGCACAGAUGUCUUUGCCCGGAAGGGCUUCAACUGCUCCGGGCUCCCCACAGGAUCCACCCACCUUGUCUCGGCAACGUAGUGGGAGAAGCAUCCAGGAUGUGAAGAAAGAGGUGGCAGUCUUCACGGCCGCCGAUUUCGGCAUCGAGGAACGCCCCACAAUGGGCGAUCCGGAGUUGCGGAAGCGGGUGCAGCAGGAGGUGGAACGCCUCACAGGCAUGGCCAAUGUGAAAGCCUUCUUUGCCGAGCUUUCCCGAACCGUGGCGUUUGUUGAGCGUGGCGGAGAUCCGCGCGUUCUACAAACGAGUCUGAACCUGAGGCUGACCGGCAAUCCAGGGACCGGAAAGACGACCGUGGCCCGGCUCAUCGGCCGCUAUCUCUAUGCACACGGAGUGCUUCCCCGUGACACAUUCGUCGAGCGGAACGCUUUGGCACUCAAAGGACAGUUUGUUGGACAGACGGCGCCUACAGUGGCCGAAGCCGUGCGUGAUGCUAUGGGAGGAUGCCUUUUCAUUGACGAGGCCUAUGCGCUGGCCGACCGGGGAGGCGACAAGUUCAGUGGAGAAGUGAUUCGAACUCUUCUGACCGAAGUGGAAAACCAUCGCACGGGGCUUCUGGUAGUCCUCGCUGGCUAUGCAGACAAGAUGGAUGUUCUGAUGGAUUCCGAUCCCGGGCUUCGACGUCGCUUUUCCUUGGUGCUGCAACUUGAAGACUACAGUGCCGAAGAACUGGCGGAAAUCUGUGAGCAUGCUGCUCAAGAUCGCUUCCAUCUGUCUUUCGUCCCUGGCCUGCGCGAUGCUCUUGCCACCCAUAUCCGGAAGCAGCAUGGAAACGAAAUAUCGCAGCACAACGGAGGACUUGCUGUCACUCUUGCAGAAAGAGCUUUCCGCCGCUUGGCCACACGCUUGGGAGAUCCAACAUCGCAGCUGGCCGUCAGCGGCCUGGCCUGCCGCCAGUUGCUUCCGGAGGAUUUCCUGAUUGGGAUGGAAGUUGAGCAGAAGAGAACUGAAGUCUGCAUGCGCCUCAGGCAUGCCAAGCAUGUGCUAUCGAUCUCGCACUUGGAGGCCGUUGGCUCACUGGCAAGGGAGAUGGCUGCCGAGCUGCUCAAAGGCGUCGAGUCCGCCAUGAAAACUGGCGACGAUAUGCUGGAUGAAGAUGUUCCAGGUAAUUCCGGCAAUGCGGCCCCAUCCAGAGAUGACCACGUGAAGGCCGUCGUCAAAGCGCUUGCAAAAGGCAAGAACCGAGAAAGGCCGAAGGAGGAGGUCAAGGAAGAAGAGAAAGUGCCACAGCAAGAGGGAGAGAAGAUCGUCGAGGAGAUGUCAACGCUAGACGCGUUAGACUGUCUCGGCGUUUGCCCUGCCAACUUCGAGUGGUUCGAGCUGAACGUGGCCAAUCCACCAGACGAAAAUUGCGGAAUCUGCCAAUACCGAUUGUCUGAUGGCUACAGAUGUGGAGGCGGGACCCACUACGUGUGCAUGGGAUGCAUCGACGCCUACAAGACCCGGAAGACCAGGGAGUAG